AGUUGAAUUUUAUAUGAAUGAAAAUACAUUUAAAGAGAGACUAAAGCUCUUCUUCAUCAAAAACCAAAGAUCAAGUCUGAGAAUACGAUUAUUCAAUUUCUCUCUCAAGCUACUGAGCUGUUUCCUAUACAUAGUUCGUGUGCUUCUGGAUGAUCCUACACAAGGACUUGGAUGUAAGGAAUUAAACCGGAGUUGUUCCAAUCAAAACUACACACCUGGAACAAUUGAUUGGUCUCCCAUUAUUUGGGUGAAUCGAAGCUUACCUUUAUGGGGAUUACAGGUGUCUGUGGCUGUAAUAAGUCUCUUUGAAACUCUGUUGCUAAGUUAUCUAAGCUACAAGGGAAAUAUCUGGGAACAAAUUCUGAGAAUACCCUUUCUCCUGGAAAUAAUUAAUGCUGUCCCUUUCAUCAUCACGAUUUUCUGGCCAGUCCUAAGAAACCUGUUUAUUCCUGUAUUUUUAAAUUGCUGGCUGGCAAAGCAUGCUUUAGAAAAUAUGAUUAAUGAUCUUCACCGAGCCAUCCAACGCACACAGUCAGCAAUGUUUAACCAAGUGCUCAUUUUAAUAUCUACCUUAUUAUGUCUCAUCUUCACUUGUAUUUGUGGAAUUCAGCAUCUGGAACGAGCAGGAAACAGGUUGACUCUCUUUGACUCCCUUUAUUUCUGCAUAGUGACAUUUUCUACUGUGGGCUUUGGGGAUGUUACACCCAAGAUAUGGCCUUCAAAGCUGCUUGUUGUCAUUAUGAUCUGUGUUGCUCUUGUGGUGUUGCCCAUUCAGUUUGAACAGCUGGCAUAUUUGUGGAUGGAGAGGCAAAAGUCUGGAGGAAACUACAGUAGAUACAGAGCUCAGACGGAAAAACACGUUGUGCUGUGUGUGAGCUCUCUGAAAAUUGACUUACUCAUGGAUUUCUUAAAUGAAUUCUAUGCCCACCCCAGACUGCAGGACUAUUACGUGGUUAUUUUGUGUCCCACGGAGAUGGAUGCUCAGGUCCGAAGGGUGUUACAAAUCCCAAUGUGGUCCCAAAGAGUUAUCUACCUGCAAGGCUCAGCUCUAAAAGAUCAAGACCUGUUGAGAGCUAAGAUGGACAAUGCUGAAGCCUGUUUCAUCCUGAGCAGCCGCUGUGAGGUGGACAGGACAGCAGCUGAUCACCAAACAAUUUUAAGAGCAUGGGCAGUUAAAGACUUUGCUCCAAAUUGUCCUUUGUAUGUUCAGAUACUGAAGCCUGAGAAUAAAUUCCACAUCAAGUUUGCAGAUCAUGUUGUAUGUGAAGAGGAAUUCAAAUAUGCUAUGCUUGCUCUAAAUUGUAUAUGUCCAGCUACUUCUACAUUAAUCACUCUGCUGGUUCAUACAUCUAGGGGACAUACAGCCCCAUGGGAAGCUUUCAGACAACUCACUGGAACCAAGCAGACAUUAAACAGGGAGAGUCAGCAAUCACCAGAACAAUGGCAGAAAAUGUAUGGCAGAUGCUCUGGUAACGAAGUGUAUCACAUUAACCUGGAAGAAAGUACAUUUUUUGCAGAGUAUGAGGGGAAGAGCUUCACAUAUGCUUCUUUCCAUGCACACAAAAAGUUUGGAGUCUGUCUGAUUGGUGUUAGAAAGGAAGAUAACAAAAACAUUUUGCUGAAUCCAGGUCCUCGAUAUAUCAUGAGUUCUACUGAUAUAUGCUUUUACAUAAAUAUCACCAAAGAAGAGAAUUCUGCUUUUAAGAAGCAAGAAAAGCAUAGAAAAAACCAUGAAUCAAAAUUAUCUUAUCAUGGAGCUUCUAGGUUACCAGUACACAGUAUAAUAGCCAGCAUGGGGACCGUGGCCAUCGAUCUGCAGGACACCGGGUGCCGCGGGGCCAGCGGGGCCACCCUGGCCCUCCCUGCCGAGGGGGGCAAGGAGGGCAGGAGGCCCAGCAUAGCCCCAGUGCUGGAGGUUGCAGACUCCUCCCUGCACACCUGUGACCUGCUCAGUGACCAGUCAGAGGAUGAAACCACCCCGUCGGAUGAUGAAGUCUCUGCAGGCUUCGAGUAUGCCAAAGGCUAUCCUCCUUACUCUCCUUAUAUUGGAAGUUCUCCCACCUUUUGUCAUCUUCUGCAUGAAAAAGUACCCUUCUGUUGUCUAAGACUGGAUAAGGGAUGCCAGCAUAACUACCAUGAAGAUGCCAAAGCCUAUGGAUUCAAAAAUAAAUUGAUUAUAGUUGCAGCAGAAACUGCUGGAAAUGGCUUAUAUAACUUUAUUGUCCCUCUCAGAGCUUAUUACCGACCAAAGAAAGAGCUAAACCCCAUUGUAUUACUGCUGGAUAACCCCCUAGAUGACUUAUUAAGGUGUGGGGUCACCUUUGCAGCUAAUAUGGUGGUGGUGGACAAAGAAAGCACAAUGAGUGCUGAGGAAGACUACAUGGCAGAUGCCAAGACUAUUGUGAAUGUUCAAACCCUCUUCAGGUUGUUCUCCAGCCUAAGCAUUAUCACAGAACUAACUCACCCAGCCAACAUGAGAUUCAUGCAGUUCAGAGCCAAAGACUGCUAUUCUCUUGCUCUGUCCAAAUUGGAAAAGAAAGAGCGGGAGAAGGGAUCUAAUCUGGCAUUUAUGUUUCGACUGCCCUUUGCUGCUGGCAGGGUUUUCAGCAUCAGCAUGUUGGACACACUGCUUUAUCAGUCAUUUGUGAAAGAUUAUAUGAUUUCUAUCACAAGACUUCUACUGGGACUUGACACCACACCAGGAUCUGGGUUUCUUUGUUCUAUGAAAAUCACAGAAGAGGAUCUGUGGAUUAGGACAUAUGCCAGACUGUAUCAGAAGCUUUGUUCCUCUACAGGAGACAUUCCAAUUGGAGUCUACAGGACAGAGUCCCAGAAGCUCACAACAUCCGAGUCUCAAAUCUCCAUCAGCGUGGAGGAGUGGGAGGACACCAAAGACACCAAGGAGCAGUUCAGCUGCCGCGGGAAUCACCGGAACUCGACAUCCAGCGACCAGUCCGACCACCCGCUGCUGCGGAGGAAGAGCAUGCAGUGGGCACGGCGCCUGAGCAGGAGGGCCCCCAGGCACUCUGCUAAAACUGCUGAGAAGAUCAACCAGCAGAGAAUGAACCUCUACAGGAGGUCAGAAAGGCAGGAGCUCGCUGAACUCGUGAAGAACAGGAUGAAGCACCUGGGCCUUUCUCCAGCAGGAUACGAUGAAAUGAAUGAUCAUCAGAACACCCUUUCUUACAUCCUGAUCAACCCUUCUCCAGAUACAAGAUUAGAGCUGAAUGAUAUAGUAUACUUGAUCCGACCUGAUCCAUUGACUUAUGUUCCAAAUGCUGGACCCAGCCGAAAGGACAGCUUCUGCAAUACAGUGGGACAAGACACCAGGGAGGAGACACAACUUUGAUAUGUAACUCACCACAAAAUUCAGAGACAAUUUUAUACACAUGGUGGUUCCACUAACCAUUUUGCAAACUGAGUGGUACAUUUUAUUCAGAUUUUGGAAACAAAAUGACAGUGGAUAAGUGACCAAAUGCAGAAAUGUGGUGCCUAGAAACUCUGAUUUCAGGGAUUGUCAGGUCUGUGGCCUGUUCAGUAUGGUAGUUGAACUUUGUCAGCCUAACAGAAUGAUGACACCCAUUGCUAUUUAACCCAUAUAUGAACAAAUGUCAGAUCCCACCACGUUUUGCUUAGAUGCUCCUAAGCGUAUUUAUGCAGGUGGCAGCAUGUCAGUGACUGUUUCUGACUGACAUCAGAUUAUCUGAUGCCCAUAGAGAGACAGUGCCUGAUUUGUAGCAGCAAAUAUGUUAAUACCUGAAGCUGCCAACAAGGCUUUCUGUACCAAGAAUUCAGUCGUAGAAAUAAUUUUCAAUCUCAGCCUGUCACCCACUUUUAUUUGUACAGAUUACUUUCAGUCCCAUUUUAGCCUCCAGUUCGUGGAUUUUUGCACAGAUCAGGUUGAAUGGCACAACCUGGUCACACUACAGAGGUUGAGACUCAUCAAUGAAAGAAGAGCCCAGCUGCAGAAAAGUCCCUCUCAUCUCACUCAGGCAGCCCCCCCCAACACUGGCAAAAAACUGGGAAGUUGCUGUGUGAAGCUGCAUACAGGGGUAGCUCAGGUGAAACACAAGCCUUUGAACCUUGGUGAGCUUGCCUAUAGAAGCCCGAGUAGACUAUUACACAAAAGUGAGAGCAUCCCUCUACAAGCCCUUAACAUGUUCAUGAAUAUGCCAGAACUACAGUUGUCCAAAGCAUUUCAUGCCUAGUCAUCCAGAUUACCCAAAAGUGCUACAUUUUUACAUGAAAUUAUGUAUCUCAUUGAAAAUUAAAGGAAUUUACAAAUUCCACAAAAUUAAUGUAAUUCCACAUAGUGUGAAAAAGCAUUAUGGAUCUAAAACCUCUGCUUUGGAAGCAGCUACAGUUGGUCAAGCUUUCUACAGAAUUAAGCAUUUCUGUCCAUGAUCUUCCAAGAUCACUGUCACAAAAGGGGAAGAACAUACUCAAGGUUUUAAAUUCCUUUCUGUUACAAGUAUCCACAUAGAACUACUCAGAGAAUUACUACAAGUAAUUUUGCAGGUAGUCUAAUAUGGAAAGAAUGAUUAUUCUCUGAACUCCCUUGAUGUCCUACAUAUACAAAAAAAAGUCAAAACUGUUUAUACUCUCUUCCAUAUCAAUUGGUAGAAGUACAUUUUAUUUCUGAAACAGUAACCACAACCAAGUUUCCCAGUAAGCAACUCCUGGAUGUGAGGGUGUUUAUCAGCAUUUUAAAGAUAUUGAGAUCAAGUCACUUUCAUAUUAGGAAUGACAGAAAAUCUGUUUUUACUUUCUGCCUUCCUCUUAAUGAUUUCAAGGUUUAACAAUUCAGUGGUUCUGCUCAGAGUCCAUUAUUGCUCAGUGCUUUUCCACACUUCAGUCAUUCACAAGUUUAUUCAGAGGUAAAGUAUUUCAAAUGAGCACUGUGGGAAACAAAGAAACAAUUAAAACAGCUGCACAGACUGAAGUCUACAUUAUUUCAAGAAACAGUAUAUGGUACAGGAUCUUGUCCAAGACCUGUCAUAGAAGUUAGCCAGAAGAGUUUGCUUGUGCAGUGUGAAUAACUUUUCUAUUUUUAAUACCUUCAGGGAGAAGACUCUAUUCCAGUUGAAUAUUUUUUUAAAAAAUAAAAGUUUCUUAAAAAAGUUCAUUCCAAAAUAUUAGAAGGAUCUUUUGUUUUAUACUGAAGGCUUCUUUAAAGGAGUCUCAAGGAGUCAGAGAGGCUUCCAGAACCAUGGCUAUCCUUCAGCAGGCAAGCUGGAGUCACACUUCACAGAAAUUGCCUGUGUGUGUAUAUAGCACACACCACUGAUUCAAGGACUCUGCCAAAAGGAUCCACAGCCAGGGCUGGAGUCCUCACAUUUAACAGCCCAUAAAGCAGCAGAAACAAGCAGUCAGGUGUGUCCAUUUGCUCACUUAACUCAGCAGAAUUGCUGCUCAGCUAGAUUGGAAUCGUGGUAUCUAAUGUGACCUGGUAUUUCUCCAGGCUUAAUGAAUUUCUAAUUGCUCAUUAGCCCCGGGAGAUUUGCUAAAGCAAACACAAAGACAGCUGGAGACACUUGGAGUCCCUAAAAUGAAUGCAAGGCAAUCUUUAUGAACAAAACACUUUGUUCUCUUCAAAAUCUGCUGAAGACAAGCAAGGUAGUAAAAACUAACAGCAGCUUCUGAUGAAGCAGAAGUUCUAAUAACCCGUGAAUAAUGUACCACAAAGUUCAGCUGUUCAGAAUAAUACUGUCUUUCAUGUUGAAAGCAGAACAGGUUUGCUUCCUCUGGAAUAUCUUCACAGACAAACUGCAUUCUAGUGGGAUUUCGAUCUUCCAAGACCAGCCUAAGCACCACUACAUUAACCCUGAAUGAGACAGUAUGCACAGUCCCUCAGUGGCCAGGGAGGUGAUUCUUUAUGGUCAUGCUACAGACAAUCUUACGUUCACACACUUUUUUCUCAUCAUGAUUAUCUGAAAUGUAACACAAGCCUAACUGGACUGGAGACCAGACUGAAGAACAGAAAUCUCAAGGCUCAGGGCUGGAGAAGGGAUAAUCAAGUUCUAGAAUGAGCAGGGUCAAAUGACUUGAACAGAGGCGUUUGAGCAGGCAACAGUUCACUCAGUGGAGAGAGAAAUGUGGAGCUGUGAUGAAAAGAUGAUUUCUAUCUGUGCUUAGCUGUAUGUAUUUUUCCUCCUGGCUCACUUCUAUCAACAUCCCAAAGAUGCUCCUCUUCCCCAAAACUGCCUUAGCACAGCCCAAGCAGUUUGGUACCCAGAGUCACAGACCCAGAGAGGGAAGUGCUAGCUGAUAAUAACUGCUUCAUUCUCAAGGGAAUGUCCAGCAAAGCCAGACCUACCUAUGAAAAUGUGUUACCUAGUCUGCA